UAGUAAUUCCCUUGAACUGUGAGUAACUCCUACGAAUGAUGAUUCGUUUUAUAUUGAUUUUAACAUCUUUGGCCAUUGUGCACAAGGUAUUUGGUCAAGAUAAAAUAGAACCAAUUAGACAGCCUGAUCAACCAAUAUGCCAGUCGGUUAUGUGUAAUAAAUAUACCGAUGACAAAUUGAAUCAAUUGAUUCAAGAAGUUGCAGAUUCGUGUAAUUGUUGUUGUGGAUGCAAGAGUAAAAUUUAUUAUGAUUUAUGUCAACUUUGCGAAGAUUAUCGAAACUAUGAUCCAAAAACAUAUGGACUCAAUCAGUGUGUGAUAAACAAACUAUCAAAUCCGUGUUACACAAAAUAUUACAAUACAUUCCUUCAAAUUUUGAAUAGUGGAUGUGGAAAUAUUUGUCAAAAAAAUAAUUUCAAUAUUUAUACAUUCCUCUCUGAUGUAUGCUGGGGAUGUAAUGGAUGUCUUGAGGGUUGUUACAUUCAAAAUGGAAACACAAUCUACUAUUAUCAGGCGCUUGAUAAUAAAGGAGGUGCCAAAAUGGCUUCGACAGUAAAAUAGGCUGCUUAGUUUCAACAAAACAAAAUAUUGCUCCAGAUCGGACGAAUGCAGUUUCCAAAUCGAUUUCUGCUCCACUUUCUACUUUAAGAUAAGAAUUAUCAUCGGAUCAGUCAAUACAAACCAUGGUGGUUUAGCUGAUACACUAUAUCUUGAUCAUCAUUUGAUAUAGAAUAAUUAAAU